AUGUCAGAGCGAUUACAUACCAAAUGCAGAAACACAGCUGAGCCAUAUUUGCAUAGCAAAAUAUACCGAGUGGAAGUUCCGGAUGAAAAAGUAAGGUGGAGCACUAGCUGGCAAAAUUACUCGGCUCCAGACUACACUUCUUCAACUUUGGUUGGUAAGCCAUAUGCCGACAAAGAAAUUGGAGUUGGAAGUUUCAAAUGGAAUCAAAUUGAUGGUCGUGUAGAUAGACGGUCCCAUCAAGGGCAAUAUGAGCUAAGUAAAGAUGGACGACCGCUGAACCCGAACGGGAGAACUGGUUUGAGAGGUCGAGGAGUAUUGGGAAAAUGGGGUCCAAAUCAUGCUGCUGAUUGCAUCGUUUCGAGAAUUCAUGAUGGGAGACUACAGUUUAUUGCCAUUGAACGGCGAGAUCGUCAUAUUUGGGCAGUACCAGGCGGGAUGAUUGAACCGGGAGAACUUGCAGCUGAAGCGGCGAAAAGAGAGUUUGCAGAAGAGGCUUUGUGGGAGACUGACCCUUCUAUCGUAGCACCUCUGUGGAAGAAGGGUAAGGAGUUGUAUAGAGGUUACGUUGAUGAUCCGCGUAACACCGAUAAUGCUUGGAUGGAAACUGUUGCUUUUAAUUUUCAUGACGAUGGGGGGAUUCUGGACAAGGUUCAGUUUAAGGCAGGUGAUGACGCAGUAAACGUUCGUUGGUUGGACGCAGCACCUCUGAAAGAAAUCUUAUACGCCUCACAUGCCGAUUUUAUUGAACUUUUAAAGGAAAACUGCCCCAAAGUUAUGAGCAGGCGCCCAGGACCUCCAUCUAUUGAUGGUCUUUUUUCUUUAAAGAUUGAUAACAUAUCCUAUCAGACGACUCCACAAGAUUUGAGGCGUUUAUUUGAGAAAUAUGGGGAGAUUGGAGACAUUCAUAUCCCGCGUGACAGGUACACGAAGCAGAGCAAAGGUUUUGGAUUCGUUAGGUAUUAUAGCCGUAGGGAUGCCGAAUAUGCGAUGGACAGGAUGGAUGGCCGCUGGUUAGAUGGUCGUGAAGUGCGAGUUGCAAUGGCACGGUAUGAAAGGCCUAUUGACGAAAGGAACGCUCGGAGCGGCGGAUAUCGCAGUCGGCGGUUGGUUUAA